CGUGUAGCCAAAUCCAUUGACUGUAUAGUUGACAUUUUGCAAUUCUGAAUGCUGUUAAAACCGAUACAUGCUGUAAGAAAUUUUCUGUGUGUAUGAGUUGUUCUCAUAUUAAUCUACUUUUUUGUUUUCUUCAGACAGGAGUGGAAGAAAAUGAUCAGAACUUUGCUUUUUGCUUUCUUCUUCCAUUGCGCUCUAACACAGAAUGGGAACAAUUCAAAGACAUGGAAGACUCUCGAUGGGGCCGAGCCUCUUGUACUGGCACGUGGAGGGUAUUCGGGGCUUUUCCCUGAUUCCAGCCUGCAAGCAUUUCAACUUGUAAAGUCAACAAGCUUGCCUAAUGUGACUUUGUUCUGUGAUCUACAACUUACAAAAGAUAGCCGAGGUAUUUGCUUGACAAGUUUAAACCUUGACAACUCAACAGAUAUAUCACACGCCUUCCCAGAUGGACAAAAAACCUACAAUGUAAAUGGACAGAAUAUUCAAGGAUGGUUUGCUUUGGAUUAUACAUAUGAUCAACUAUAUCAAAAUGCAUCUUUGAAACAAGGUAUCUUUUCUAGGACAGGUGUGUUUGAUGCGGUGCAACAAAUAUCUACUGUUGAAGAUGCAAAAGGCGUUAAGCUGCCUCUGUUUUGGUUGAAUGUUCAGUAUGCCUCAUUCUACACGGAACACAAUCUCGAACCUGCAUUAUAUGUUGAAAAGGCUAUAAGAGUUAUGGGCAUAAAUUACAUUUCGUCUCCUGAGAUUGGUUUCUUGAAGACACUGAAUGAAAAAGUGAACAAAGCAAAGACAAAGCUCAUCCUCCGGUUCCUCGAGAAAGACACAGUUGAGCCUACAACCAAGCAGACAUACGGUUCAAUACUGGCGAAUCUUUCCAAUAUCAAGUCAUUUGCAUCGGGAAUUCUUGUUCCGAAAGAAUACGUAUGGCCUGUCAACACAGAAAUGUAUUUGGAGCCUGCCACUACUCUUGUUACCGAUGCUCACAAGCAAGGUCUAGAAGUAUAUGCUUCUGGUUUUGCAAAUGAUAUAACUAUGAGUUACAAUUAUAGCUAUGAUCCAACAGCCGAGUACUUGCACUUUAUCGAUAAUUCUCAGUUUUCUGUCGAUGGGGUGCUCACAGAUUUUCCUUCCACCGCAUCUGAAUCAAUUGCAUGCUUAGCUCACAGCCAGAAUGCUACCCGGCCGGCCAAAGGACCUUUGAUCAUAUCUCACAACGGAGCAAGCGGGAUUUACCCUGGCUCCACUGAUCUUGCUUAUGAACAAGCCAUAGAUGAUGGAGCAGACAUUAUUGAUUGCUCCGUGCAAAUGUCAAAAGAUGGAGUUGCCUUCUGCUUGGAUUCAGCUGACCUGUCAGGAGAAACUAAUGCACUGCGAGAUUUCUUAGAACGAUUAACCAAAAUUCCUGAAAUUCAAAAGGACAAUGGAAUUUUCUCAUUUGAUCUCACCUGGAGCGAGAUUCAAACAUUGAAGCCUCAACUAACAAGCCCUUAUCUACACUCUGGCUUGAAAAGAGACCCUGCAAACUCGAACAAGGGUAGAUUCAUGACCCUAUCGGCAUUCUUAGAAAUUGCACAGACCAAGGCAGUUACUGGAAUUUUGAUCAACAUACAAAAUGCUGCCUACCUAGCAUCAAAGAAGGGUCUUAGCAUAACAGAUGUGGUUGCCAAUGCCUUAAUCAAUGCCACCUUCGACAAACAACAUACUCAAAAGGUACUGAUUCAGUCCGAUGACAGUCAAGUUCUAUCCAAGUUUAAGCAUAACCCAAAUUACCAAAAGGUAUUGCUCAUUAAUGAGACAAUAAGCGCUGCACCAAAACCGACAGUGGAUGAAAUUCGCAAGUAUGCUGAUGCAGUUACUGUUGAGAAAACCUCUAUUAUUAAAUUUUCUAAUUCGUUCGCCAGGGCUUUCACAAGUGUCGUUGACGAUAUGCAUGCUGCAAAUAUCUCUGUCUACGCCUUUCCUUUUAGGAAUGAGUUUGUGAGUCUGGUAUUUGAUUUAUUGUCGGAUCCCAUGGUGGAGCUCGCUACUUAUUUUGCGCAUGAAGUUGAUGGGGUCAUAACAGAUUUUCCUGCUACUGCAAAUGCAUAUUUGAGAAGCCCAUGUUCCAACCCAAAUGAAAAUACAUCAUACAACAUCUUACCAGCGAAACCAGGCGACCUACUUUCCGUGCUUUCACCCUUGUCAUUGCCGCCUGCACCGGCCCCUGCACCAGUACUUGGUAUUGCAGAUGUUGUUGACCCGCCACUGUCCAAUAUCUCCGCUUUCACGCCUGCCUCUACGCCAGCUGGAAAAUCAGGUUCGAGAGGUGCGAAAAAUGUUGGUAACACCGGUUUUUGUCUAGUUGCUGUCAUUUUGCUGUGUCUACUUUCUGUGUGAUCUUGAAACUGGUUAGAUUGGCUAGUACUACUUGUCUUUCUUCCCUUGUCCCAAUCCCACUAGGAUUUUCGGUUCCUUGAGGUUCAUUUUUUCAGUUUGAUUUUGUGUUUUGUUGUAUAUAAAUUUCCUGUGUAGUCUUUAUCUGUGAUUCUGGGUGAGAUCUUAUAGGAAGUUCAUACCAGAACCAAUUGGUGUCACUUGAACACACUAAAAGGAGGCAAAAAAAAUAUUUAUUGCAUAUAAUUUUUUAUGUUAGUAGAAAAACUUAAUAUGGCUGACACCAUUGAAAAAAAGUCU